GCGGCUAGGCCUAUUUCCGGUAGGAAUCAGUGGACUUGGCGGCAGAGGCAGUGCGGAUCCGGCAUUGUCCACUGAGCUUUUCCAGGGCUGUACAGACAUGGCGGCGGCUUUUCGGAAGGCGGCUAAGUCCCAGCAGCGGGAACACAGAGAGCGAAGCCAGCCUGGCUUUCGAAAACAUCUGGGCCUGCUGGAGAAAAAGAAAGAUUACAAACUUCGUGCAGAUGACUACCGUAAAAAACAAGAAUACCUCAGAGCUCUCCGGAAGAAGGCUCUUGAAAAAAAUCCAGAUGAAUUCUACUACAAAAUGACUCGGGUUAAACUCCAGGAUGGAGUACAUAUUAUUAAGGAGACUAAGGAAGAAGUAACCCCAGAACAACUAAAGCUGAUGAGAACUCAGGACGUCAAAUAUAUAGAAAUGAAGAGGGUUGCAGAAGCUAAGAAAAUUGAAAGACUAAAAUCAGAGCUCCAUCUGCUGGAUUUCCAGGGGAAGCAACAGAACAAGCAUGUGUUCUUUUUUGACACCAAAAAGGAAGUUGAACAGUUUGACGUCGCAACUCACCUGCAGACAGCCCCGGAGCUAGUCGACAGAGUCUUUAAUAGGCCCAGGAUAGAGACCUUGCAGAAAGAAAAAGUGAAAGGAGUUACCAAUCAGACUGGACUUAAGCGAAUAGCUAAAGAAAGGCAAAAGCAGUAUAACUGCCUGACACAGCGGAUUGAACGAGAGAAGAAAUUGUUCGUUAUUGCUCAGAAAAUUCAAACACGCAAAGAUCUUAUGGUGAGGAGAGAGAGCCUUAGGCCUCUUUUUUUUUUUUUCCCCCUUUUCUUUCUUGUAAAGGUCUUAACUCAGACUGGAUUUCAGCUGUGUGUAAAUCAACCCCGGUGAAAAUGUCUGCUCCUCAGGGGCAGUGGUUUGAGCCAGUGUCUGUUACUCUGACAGUGUUGAAAUGCGCCUUGAUUAAGAAGGUAAUAAGGGGGUUAUUAGUCAGUGCUUUGGAACAGCAAAGGGUAGGAUCGGGUAGCAUAUGAACUUUAUAGCUUAUGAGCAGCUCCCGUAACAUUUAAACAGGUUAACAAAACAGUGCAUGUCACUCAUUGGUGUUUAAAAAUAGACAACAUUGUGUAGUUAAAUAGCAGAGCUGAGGAAUAUAAGAUGCCUCUUUCAUAUUCUUAUCAUUCCUCUAAAUGUCAAAUUCUUUAGCUUUGUAGAUCAUUUAGGUCAGCCUUUCUCAACUGGGGUUCCGUGAGAGAAUUAAAAUUAUAAUUUUAAAUGAAACAACUACUUGAACACCUUUCUUCUCAAUUUUCCUAGGACUGUACACAGCUAGUACUUUCUAGAUGCCUAGGAGAGAAGUUAAUUCAUUGCCUACAGUGGAUGCCUUGGGCAGUAGGGCUGUGUCUGUUCUCAACUUUGAGAAGGGCUGAAACAGGUGCUAAUAGGUAGUUUAUUAACCUUUCGAUUUUACAAAACCAUUUCCUUCUCUUUACUGAUCACCUUUUUACUCUUUUGUAGGAUAAAACUCAGAAAGUGAAGGUGAAGAAAGAAACGGUGAACUCCCCAGCUAUUUAUAAAUUUCAGAGUCGUCGAAAACGUUGACAUGUUAUAGAUAAGCCUUGUCAUUCUGCAUCAAAAAUCUGUUGUCUUUUUCUAGUAACUUCAAAUUCCAUUACUCCAAAUGGCAUGGUUUUCCGGUUUGUAACCGUAACUAAGUUGUCAGUCUGACAUUUAAUGUCUUUCUAUGGACAACAAUAAAUCUCCCUCCCUUCUGUAAUUGUUUUUGGAUUGUGAAAUUAGUCUUAUUUUUAUAUACUUAAUUUUUUUUUUCUUUGAGAUAAGGUCUUUGUUGCCAGGCUGGAAAUGCAGUGUGUGAUCAUGGCUCACUGCAACUUUGAACUCCUGGGCUCAAGUGAUCUUCCUGCCUCAGCCUCUUGAGUAGCUGGGACCACAGACAUGUGCCACCAUGUCUGAGCAAUGUUUAAAUUUUCUGUAGAGACCAGGUUUUUCCAUGUUGGCCAGGCUGGUUUUGAACUCCUGGCCUCAAGCAAUCCUCCCACCUUGGCCUCCCAAAGGGCUGGGAUUACAGGGAUGAGCCACUAUGCCCAGCCCAUAAUUUUUUUUGUUAUGAAACAUAGGAUCUCAUUACAGCAGAUUUGGAAACUAGAUUGAUUCAUUCCUAAUCCCAGUGCUUAUUCAAUAAUAACAAAUAUUUAUUGCAUGCUUAACUAUGCUAGGAGCUGGAGCUGUGGAGGUGGACAAUUACUGUGAGUAGUCUAGUUGAUUUCCUCCAUUUUGUAAAAUGAGGCAUCACUUUUUGUCCAUGUUUUUGUGUUUUAUAGUUACAGUAAACACUUUGAUGUCCUACUUUUUAAUUAAAUCAUUAGCUCUUUCCCAGUUUGUUACAUCACAAAAAUUUUUUACAGUAAUAUAUGCUAGAGUAAACAUUAAAAUAAAUAUUUUUAAUGAUUGCA